AUGCUUAAAAAGAUUGAAAAUUUAAUCCAUAAACAAAGAUAAUCAUCUAUCUCUAGUAGUUCAACUGCCUCAUCAUAAGGUAGCAUAAACUCUGGAAAAGGAUGGAAUAUAUUCAGAUAAGCUAUUGCUCAAAAAGAUAAUGCAUUACCAUAAUUCGAAUCUCCUGCUCUAGAAAAUAUGAAGAUGGAUCUAAAUUUAAAUAAACUCAACUCCAGAUUAUUGAAUUCAAUAUCUGGAAAAAGCUCAUCCUCAAUGGAAGCACCCUCAAAUUUAGCUUAUGAUUCAUAUCAAGGUCUCCUAGCUACAUCAAAUGAGCCCGGAAUGAUUCAGAUAUUUGAUUUGUAGGGCGAAAGAAAAUAGAGAAUAAGAAGUUUAGAUAAAAAUAUCUAUACGAUUAUUAAGUUUUAUCAAAAUCGUCCAUAUUUAAUUGCAUUAGAUAAGCUCAAUUAAAUCUUUUUAAUCAAUUAUCAAACAAAUGAGAUCCAAAAAAUAAACAAACCUAAAUCAAUGGAUGAAAAUGAGAAGUUCAUUGUUCUCUACAUUCCAGACUUUUAUACUGGGGUUGAUGCUAAUGAAGAUUAUGCUUUUUUUGGUACCAAUUUUGGAUAAGUAUUCGUAUUUCAACAAUCUUAAAAAUAGUUUAUCUCAUUUAUCAAGAGUCCAAAUAAAAACAUAACAUAGAUAACUGACAUCAAAUCUAAUCAUAAGAAACCUCAUAGACUUCUUAUUUCAUAUCAAAAUAUGGAGACAUCAUCAUCUAUGGUUGUAGUUCAUUCCUUUUACAAAAAUAAAGAAGUUUAGAGACUUGAAUUCAAUCCAACUUCUCAUCAAGAGCUAGGUAAGGUUCUCACUGCUAGUUACAAUCAUGAAGCAAAUAGAAUUUGCAUUGUGUUUAGUUCAGGAAAAGUGCAAAUUUUCAAAGCUUAAUCUAAAAUUUAAGAGGGGAGAAUAAGGCCAUUGUAAUAGCUAGAGCUUGAUAAUUUGUCUGAGCUUAAGUUUGCUAGAAUCUCUUGGAGGAAUGUAACAGACAGUAAAAGAUAAUGCUGCUUAAUCUUUUACUCUUAUCAAGUCAAGCAUUAAGAAUAAAGAGAAAUCGCCAUAUUUUUGGGGUAAAAAGGAACUAAAGGCUCAACUCUCUUUUAAAAAACUUAAUUCCUGAACUAACUUUAAGAUUAAACUGAAGAGACUAUAUAGGAUUGCAUAUAUAUUGACAUCAUGAUUCCCAAUAUGAAUCAGGCUAUCACUGAAAAUAUUGGAUAGAGGUAUUUGAGAAAUAAAAAGUAAUCACUCCUCAAAGUAAGAUCAAACAAAUAAAAAAUGGUCAAAUCAUAAUUGAUAUUGGCUAUUUCGUCAAGUUCAAAACUUUUCUAUUAUGAUCCAAAUAAUUUCCCUACCGAAGAAAACUAGUCAAAUUUCCAAAAUUUUCUGCCAUUAGAAUUAAACUAUCUUUAAUCUAACACAAUCAAAUACCAGUAACUAAUGUAGUUAUCAUAGAUAUCUAAUAGCAAAAGAAAUGAUUUUGUAGAGUUUCUUGAAUUAAUGGGCAAAUCUCAAGAAAUUGAAAAGCUUUAUAUGAUUACUAAGAAUGACUAAAGAUUUAUAAAGGCUAUUGAAAAGAAAGAGAAGUCUAAAUACUCAACAUGCAGCGAGCUCUAUUAAUAUCUGACUAAGAUCCUUAUGAAAGUUUAAAAUGCUGAGGCUGUUCUUGCAUAUCAUAUAGCUGUAGAUAUUUAGUAAAAUUUAAUAAUAAGAAGAAUAACUCAGUAAAAAAGUACCUAAAUACUAUGCAUAAAUCUUUAAGAGCAUAUAUAGGAUGAAAAAAUAACUUAGCUCAUUGUUGAUGCUGAAAAUCAAAUGAUACAAAUAUCAACAUCAGGGUCUGAUGUUUUUGAAAUUAAAAUGACUUAAGGCUUGUUUAUUAGAGAGAAGGAAAAAUUAGAGAUCCCUUAAAUUGAUAUUUAAAAGUAGAACUUAAAAGAUUAAGAAUCAUCUGAAAGGCUCACAAUAUUCAAAUAAGUUGAUCAUAACUCAAAAUAGAAGUUGAUGAUUCUUGGGUUUAACAAUGGAAGGGUUAAGAUUAUUAAUACCAAGUCUUACAAAGUCAUUUUCAAUGUGAGAUGCAUGAAUGAUGAAAAUGCAAUUACAACUCUUGAAACUGUAAAGUCGAGUAGCGGAGAGUCAACCAGCAUUUAUAUAGGAACUGGAAGUGGUCACUUGCUGCAUAUUUAGAUUAACAGCAAAGAAACCAAGAUUAUCAAGUCAAAGCAGCUAAGCAUCUUCAAAAUAAGACAACUAAUCGUUAGUGAUAACAAUAUGAUCUAUGCUAUCUCAGAUAAAUAACUAUUUUGCGUUGAGAAAUAAUCUUUUAAUAUUAAGUACAAAUAUGAACUUAAUUCUAAAGAACUUUCAAAGAAAGAGGUUUUCAAGUCUUUCAGUUUGAUGAAAUUAAAUGAAAGCCAAAGUUCAAUCGUUUGCUUUUUGCAAAAAUCUAAAUGGAUUCUAAUGUUUGACCUGUAAACACUGAUAUGCUAUUGUGUCUAUGAUCUUAAGAAAAUUGGAUUUAAUCCUUCAUUUGUGCAUAUUCUCAAUGACCUCAAUUAGACGAUUUUAGUAUCAUCUUAAAACCUUGAAACUCAUAUAUUUACCUUGAAAAAAUAAAUAGAAUUCCCUCAAGAUAUAGAUUUGUAUGAAAACUGCAUUUUUGAUGAGGAACUUGCAGAAUAAAAAUUCCCAAAGACAUAAAAAAAAUCAGCAAUUACCCAAAUUUUUCACAAAAAUAUUACUAUAUAAAAGUGCAUCAAUAAAUAAAUCACUAAUGAGAUUAAAUCGAAAAAGAGAUCUCACAGCUUAGGAGCAACUUUAUUGAAAAGUGAUGUCGAAACUUUGAAUUUAUUAAAUAUUAGGUAAUCUGCCUGCAAUGUAGUAAGUGAUGGAGAAGAGUCAGAUGAAUCACCAAGGCUAAGAAAGAAAUAAAUUCAAUAAAUAGAGGCUUAAAGGGAGUAAAGAGUAAAAAAGGGCUAUGCUAUUCUUUCAAGGGUUAACAAUAAACCCAAAAAGAUACUGGAGGAAAUAAAAGAAGAAGAAGCUAAAAAGUAAAAGAGAAACAGUAUGGACAAAGAUAAAAAUAAGUAAAAUGAAGAGAGUGAACCAAAGCUUAGAAGAGCAAUAUCAACAAACAAAAGAAGGAAAAGCCAUUGGGUAUGA